AGCUGUGAUCAGACUAAGGCGGUGAUUGGCUGGCGGGGGUCACGUGACAAUGGCUGCCUCCAUCAGAAGUGUUCGUCUGCUGCCGCCAACACAACUCACCACACACCGACUCAACUAUGUGUCGUUAACGAAGCCUCGGCAGUGUGUCCUACAAUGCAGAUUGUCAUCAUCUGCACCCGACACUACAAGUCAAGAUGAUAUCCUGCCUCCUAACAGAAGGUUUUCGUUUGAUGCAGAAUCACUAGCUUCUAGAGGGUAUCUUCGCAGUCAGAUGCCAUAUUCUCCUCCAGAGGAUAUCGAGAAUGAAGUGUUAAGAAUAUGUAAGGAGCUGUUAAAGAGCACAGAUUUGCACACUCCCUUCAAGGAUGCAAACACCAAAUUCAUGGUGUUGGCAGAGUGCUCUAAAGCUUACAAUCACACAGUCCCAAACUCUCUCAUGCACAAAAUUACAAGUAUUGGAGAAUUGGUGACGUUUUAUAAAACACCCAUCAACACAACUGUCCCAUUGAACAUGAUGAAGGAAUUUGACCUACCCAAGAAUCUUCAUGUCAUAUAUAAAUACACCAGGUUCCACCCAGAGACGGACACCAUGUUUGGAGGAGUAUCUGCUUAUACCAAAGACUCGACUAUUGUUCCGGGUCUCAAGAAUAAGAAACGAUAUCCAGGUUACCAAGCAAGAUCAACUUGGCCCUAUCAGUGAUAUUUUUGUGUUUUAUUUAUUUUUGUUAUUAUUAUUGUUAACAUUGUUCUAUAGUGUAUAUAGUAAAAGGUUAUACACCCCCUUUUUUAAUUGAUAACAUGAUUGUCAUGAAGCAUUAUGUAAACUGGCGGUAUUGUUAAUGAAUUAAACUGUACAAUCUUU